GUUGGCCGGCGCUGGGCGUCGCAGCCGGCUGUUAGAUACCUUUGUAGUCGGGCUCGGCUUGCCAGUGUGGCUGGAGGUCGAACCCAGGGUGGACGAGGGCUGAGCGCAUCCCCUUUUAGUCUGAGUGCCCGGGAGGAGGGUGGCGGGAGGACCCCCGGGUGGGGCCGCCGGGCCGCCAGCGCGUGCGUUCCGGGCCUCUUGGGGGACCCGAGCGGCGGACCCCCGGCCCCUUCCCACGCGGCGGUUGCCUCUAACGCGGGCUGGAGGAAGGAGUCUCCAUGGAACCUGGGGGCAGAGGAUCACUUUUUGAGGACUCAGACCUUCUCCAUGCUGGAAACCCAAAAGAAAAUGACGUGACUGCUGUGCUGUUGACCCCUGGGUCCCAGGAACUGAUGAUCAGGGAUAUGGCCGAGGCUCUCACCCAGUGGAGGCAGCUGAACUCUCCUCAGGGAGAUGUGCCUGAGAAGCCCAGGAAUCUGGUCUUGCUGGGGCUUCCAAUUUCCACACCUGAUGUAAUCUCUCAGUUGGAGCAUGAGGAGGAACUGAAGAGAGAAAUUUCGAAAGCAACCAGUCCAGACUGGGAAACAAUACCAGAAGGCAAGGAGCUAACUCCAGAGAAGGAUAUUUCUGAAGAAGAAUCGGCCCCUGGGGUGGUAAUUGUAAGAUUUUCAAAGGAAGGUUCUAGUGAAUGUGAGGGUUCUUUAGAGAGUCAGCAGGAAAACCAUAAGAAGCAUUUAAUACAAGAGGCUGUCACUCAGAAAUCUUCUAGGGAGAGAAGUUACCAAUUUGAUGAAUGUAGAAGAAAUUGCGCUCGGAGGUCCUUACUUGUUCAGCAACAGGGAGAGAGACUACAUCAUCGUGAGUUAUUUAAAAAUAACUUAAAACAAAAUUCAGAAAUAAUUAGGCAUGAGAGAAUUUGUGCAGGAAAGAAACCUUGGAAAUGCAGUGAGUGUGAGAAAGCCUUCAGUUACUACUCAGCUUUUGUCUUACAUCAGAGAAUUCACACCGGAGAAAAACCCUAUGAAUGUAAGGAGUGUGGGAAAGCCUUUAGCCAGAGCAUACACCUUACUCUGCACCAGAGAAUUCAUACUGGAGAGAAACCCUACGAAUGCCAUGAGUGUGGGAAAGCCUUCAGUCACCGCUCAGCCCUUAUUCGGCAUCAUAUCAUUCAUACUGGAGAAAAACCCUAUGAAUGCAAUGAAUGCGGGAAGGCCUUUAAUCAGAGUUCAUACCUCACUCAACAUCAGCGAAUUCAUACUGGAGAGAAACCUUAUGAGUGUAAUGAAUGUGGGAAGGCCUUCAGCCAAAGCACAUUCCUUACCCAGCAUCAGGUCAUUCACACUGGAGAGAAACCCUAUAAGUGUAACGAAUGUGGCAAAGCCUUUAGUGAUCGGUCAGGUCUUAUUCAGCACCAGAGAACUCAUACUGGGGAGCGGCCUUACGAGUGUAACGAAUGUGGGAAAGCCUUUGGCUACUGCUCAGCCCUGACUCAGCACCAGAGAACUCACACUGGGGAGAAACCCUAUAAAUGCAAUGAUUGUGCCAAAGCCUUCAGUGACCGCUCAGCCCUUAUUCGUCAUCAGAGAACACACACUGGAGAGAAACCUUACAAAUGUAAAGACUGUGGAAAAGCAUUCAGCCAGAGCUCGUCUCUUACAAAACAUCAGAAAACUCACACUGGAGAAAAGCCCUACAAGUGUAAGGAAUGUGGAAAAGCCUUCAGCCAGAGCUCAUCCCUCUCUCAACAUCAGAAAACUCAUGCUGGAGUGAAAACCAAGAAAUAUGUCCAAGCUUUUAGUGAGCAUUUAACCUUUGGCCAACACAAGAGAAUUCAUACUGGGUAAAGACCAUGUACAUGUGGUACAUUCAGAGCAUACUUACUGAGCAUUUACCGUGUUUGCCAUGGGGGUCUACAAAGAAAUUCAAGAUGGUGUUGCAAAAAAGUGAUUGAGAAGUCACUGCUGAUAUGGGUUGUAGCAUGAUUAGACUGUGAAAGUAUAGUUUUGCCUUUUUAAAAGUGUUCUGGCAGAGGACACUGAAUUUCCCUCAGGAAAGAGGGAAAUUAUUUGUAACACCCUAACGUGUACGUAAAUUCCCAUAUCUUUGGGAGAGAAAUGGGGUAUGCUGUGGUGGAAUGGUGACAUCUUGACUGUGCUAGAUAUUUUCAUAAUACUAAGAAUAUAAGUUUUAAAGAGAUAAGUUAUACUUUUAGGGAAGUUGCGUGGGUAGAAAUAAGAGAUUAAGAAUUCACAAUGAGUUUGUCCAGAGUCAGGAGUGGUGGUGGAAAGGAAGUUGUCCUUCAUUCUUAAGUUUAAAGAGCCAAAGGAAGUAGAGGGAAAGGAUAGAAAAAAAGAGCUCGGGGAAUAAACCCAAAAAAUGUUGAUUAUGUUAACUACUCAACUGAAUGUUCACAACCGUGAAAAAUAUUAGACUUAAUAGUUGUCCUGUUGAAAAGUUUCUGUGAGGGCAGCUAAGGCUGCAGGGUAAUGCAGGGUGUUUGCGUCUGCACUUUCUGUCUUUUAGACCUUGAUUACUGAGACAUCGCCUACUAAAUCAUGUUAAUUUCCAAGGGUCGAGAACCACAGCUUAGAAAAUUGAGUACAGAAGAGAACUUUGAUGCGUUCAAACUGUUUUAAGGUAUCUGAGUUACCUGAGAAUGUGCUUAUUUAUAAAGAUUUACCUCAGUUGUAUCUAGUUUGUACCUUAGAUUUUGUAUAGCUUAUAGUAAAGUUUAGUUGUAGAUUUGCACUGACACUGCAUGUUAGAUUAUGAAAAGCUGGAAAAGACUUUGAAAUACCUUCUACCAUUUUACUCUUGGGUAGAGGCAGGUGGCAUUUUUUAUAUAUUUUUUUUUCAUUGAAACUUUGAAGAUUAUUGGACACAUUAUUUUGAGUGCAGAGUUUUUAAUUUUAGGAAGUUGUACUGUGAUGUAUCUUGGUGUGAAUUUCUUUUAGUUUACCCUAUUGGGUUUGCUUAGCUUCUUCAAUGUGUAGGUUUAUGUCUUUUGCCAAAUUUGGUAGAUUUUCAGCCCUCAUCUCUGUAAAUACAUUUUAGCCCCCACCUUCUACUUCUUUUCUCCUGGUACUCUAAUGAAAGAAAUGUGAGCUCUUUGGUUGUAGUCUCACAAGUUCCUGAGGCUCUGUUCAUUUUUUCUUGAUGAUUUUUGUCUGAGUCUACUGAAUCUGCCAUAACAAGAUAGCAUAGACUGACCAAGUGACUCAAAAAAAUACGUAAUUCUAACGGUUCUGAAGGCUGGGAAGUCCAAGAUCAAGGUGCCUGCUGACUCUGCUUCUAAUGAGGGCUGUCUUCCUGGCUUACAGAUGGCUGCCUUCUCACUGUGUCUUCUCAUGUCCGUAGUGCAUGCAGAUGAGCCAGUUGGGAGAGGGAGAGAGAAAUAGCUCCCUCUUCUUAUCAGUCCACCAGUUCUAGCAGAUUAGGACUCUGCCCUUAUUACCUCAUUUAACCCUAAUUACCCCCCUGAAAACCCUGUCUCCAAAUAAAUUCACAUUGGGGAUUAGGACUUCAACGUAAUUUUGGGAAAGAGGGGAUACAUUUAGUCCAUAACGUUCCACCCCAGUCCCCCACCAAAUUUAUGUCCUUGUGUGCGGAAUGCAUUUAUUCCACUCCAAUAGCCCCAAAAGCCCUAACUCAUUCUAGCGUUAGCUCUAAAGUCCAGACCUUCAAGUAAAUAUCACCUAAAUCAGAUACGGGUAAGACUCAAGGUACAGUUCAUCCUGAGGCACAAUUAUUCUCCAGCUGUGAACCUGUGAAACCAAACAAGUUAUGUGCUUCCAAAAUACAUCUGUGGUCUGGACAUAAUGUAGGCAUUCCCAUUCCACAGAGGGAGAAAUAGGAAAGUAGGAGGAGGGAUGUGUCCUGAGCAAGUCCAAAACUUAGCAAGGCAAAUUCCAUUAGGUCUUAUGUUUCGUCAGAUCUUGUGAGAAUAAUCCUCUUUGCUCAGUGCCUCCCGGACCCACUGGGGUAGAAGUCCUGUCUCUGGUACUGCCAGGUAGCCCCUUGCCCAAGCCUUUGCUGGGCAAUUCUGCCCCUAAGGCUUCAGUUAGAGGCUUUCUAUUCUGUUGAAACCAGGGUGAUGGUUCUACCCUUUGAACAGGAGGCAUCCCCAGUGGUCUCUGAAUUCUUUUCAGGGUCAUUCUCUUUUCUUGAAGGAUAACACAUCUUCAUAGACAAAUGGCUCUCUAGUCUGGUUCUAUAGGAUCUAAAAAGUCCUAAAGCCUGCCUUCAUUUUACUUUGUUGUUUUUCUGUGUUGUUUUUCAGCCACCCUUUAGUGCCAGGUGGCUGUGUUUCUGCUGUUAUCCCAUUUGUAUUCCUGGCUUCUCCUGGGGCUGCUAAACCCAUUUGAUCUAUUUAUCAAAUGGUUGAAAUAGUUUUUAAGCCACAUGCUUAGUGUUUUCUUCAUAGCAAAGUUUCUCAUAUUUUUGUGAUACGAAUGGAAUUUUCUCAUUUCUUUAAUUGUGCUUCCUUGUUUCUUAAUAGUUCCUUCUUCACUUAAUCCUUCUCCUCUCACAUUUUACUACAAGCACUAAGGGGACCCAAGCUGCACCUUCAGUACUUUGAUUAGAAAUCUGCUAAAUAAAUAGUUUCAUCACUCUCAAGUUCUGCCUUUCAGAAAACACUAGAACAGUUCAGAGAAGUUCUUUGCCACUUUAU